CUGUUCCGGGAUGGGCGUGUCCCUCGGCGCACCUGGCUGACGUCACGGGCGCACACCUGCGAUGGCGGCGGGGCGGCUCCUCCCGCUGCUCCUGCUGCUCCUGGGGGUCCCGGGGGGCUCCGGGCAGGACCCCCCGAGCGGCCCCGCCGCCCUCGCCGAGCGGUGCCGGUUACCGGCGCUCACCGGCCGCUGCCGCGCCUCCAUCCCGCGCUGGUUUUUCAACGCCUCCGCCGGGAGCUGCGAGAGUUUCGUGUUCGGCGGCUGCGGCGGCAACCGGAACAACUUCGGGAGCGAACGGGAGUGCCGGGAGAGCUGCGGGGGGAGCGCUGCCUCCAGCCCUGCCCCCACCAAUUCCACCCCAGAGCACUGCUCAGCCCCUCCCGUCCCCGGCCCGUGCCGCGCCGCGUUCCCCCGCUGUCCCCGGCCCGUGCCGCACCAGCACUGCUCAGCCCCCCCCGUUCCCGGUCCGUGCCGCGCCGCGUUCCCCCGCUGGUACUACAGCCCCCAGGAGCGCUCGUGCCGCGAGUUCACCUACGGCGGCUGCCGGGGCAACGCCAACAACCACCGGGACCGGGAGGAGUGUCUGAGGCUCUGCCUGCCACAGGAUGAUUUCGGCGCCGAAUUCCAGAGAUUCUUCUCCUCCAAAGGUGUCGUUUUUGGGGCUCUGCUGCUCCUGGGGGCCGCGCUGGCCCCGGGGCUGCUCCUCCUCCUUCGCCGCUGCCGCCGGAAGCCUCGAGCGCCGCCGAGCCCCGAGGAUCGCGAGUGCCUGAUGAAGGAUCCCUACCCUGCCUGAGAGCCCCCCAAAAACCCCAAAAACAGCCCCAAAAAAUCCCAAAUUAUCCCCAAAAAUAUCCCAGAAUAUUCCCCCUCCGUGCUCUGCCCCCCCGGUGAUUUUUAGUGAUUUUUGUAGGGAAAAGGGAAAAAAAUUGGGAGGAUUUUGGGGAAAAGAGGGU